AUGGCGAGCAUCUCUAGCCUAGAGUUCAUCCAGUCGGGAGAAGGUCAGCCUUUCCUCCGGGUCCUCGACCAGUCGUUACUGCCGCAUGAGAUAGCCUACAUUGAUUGUGCGGUCAAGGAGGACGUUUUCAACGUCAUAAAAACGAUGAAGGUGCGCGGCGCCCCGGCGAUAGGAGCCGCUGGUGGAUUCGCCAUCGCAUUAGAGGCGUUAAGACUGCAACAGGAGCAUGGAAAAGUGAAGUAUAGUACUCUGCUCGAGGCGAAGGAGUAUAUCGACAGGCAAGUGGCGCUGUUGACUUUGAGAGGCUGUUCGGACAUGGAUCGUCAUAGUGCUCGUCCGACUGCUGUUAAUCUGAGCUGGGCGACAGGAGUGGUGCUUUCGAGGGGUCUGCGUGACGGUGAGGUGGAUGUGAAAGAAAUUGUCCAAGCGGCUAAGAUGAUUUUCGAGGAGGACAUCAAAACUAAUCGGAUGUUGGGCGAUAAUGGAGCUGCUCAUAUACUCGACAGACGCGGCAAAUCUGGAACUAUAAGACUCUUGCAUCAUUGCAAUACUGGCUUUCUAGCUACUUGUGGCCAUGGCACUGCCUUAGGGGUGUGCUACAGUCUAUGCGAAAGGGUUGGAAGAGAAAACACCAUGGUGUACGUCGACGAGACCAGACCACGCUUGCAAGGCGCCUCGCUCACUUGCUUCGAACUGCGUCAUCGAGGAGUCCCUCAUAAGCUCAUCACUGACGGCAUGUCUGGCCAUAUAAUGAAGUCGAUUUCUGUGGACGCGGUGCUCAUCGGUUGCGAUCGUGUAGCUGCUAAUGGCGAUGUGGCCAACAAGAUCGGCACCUACAACCUCGCCAUUGUUGCACGGUAUCAUAAGGUGCCGGUGUACUGUUGCAUGCCCUCUUCCACGUUGGAUCUGUCAUGCAAGACGGGCGCGGACAUUGUCAUUGAGGAGCGCGACGCUUCGGAAGUGACCAUGGUUAACGGCAAGCUCAUCUGCCCUGACGGCACUGAGACUUGCAACCCUGCUUUUGAUGUUACGCCGGCUGAGCUCAUUACCGCCUUCAUUACUGAGUGA